CGUUCAUUGAUUUUUCGCCCACGACUUUUCCAGAUUACGGCACAGGCAGAACGUAAAACGUAAACAGUUCCGUAAAAAUCAAAUUUUAAAAAAUGUCAGAGAGUGCCAUAACCGCUAGUAAUGUGAAUGCAAAUGAGAAAAUGCAGAGUCUGCUAAGGGAGGCGGAAAAUUUGAAAACAAAGCUAGAAGAGGAGCGUCAAAAGCUCAACGAUGUCAAUUUGUCGAACAUUGCGGAGCGUUUGGAGCAAAUUGCAUAUGUGAAUAUAAAGCCACGCAAGGUGCUCAAGGGGCAUCAGGCAAAGGUACUUUGCACCGAUUGGAGCCCCGAUAAGCGGCACAUUAUUUCAUCCUCGCAGGAUGGCAGGCUGAUCAUUUGGGAUGCUUUUACUACUAACAAAGAGCAUGCCGUGACCAUGCCCACUACCUGGAUUAUGGCCUGUGCCUAUGCACCAUCUGGCAACUUUGUGGCCUGCGGUGGGCUGGACAACAAGGUGACGGUAUAUCCGAUUACUUCGGAUGAGGAAAUGGCAGCCAGGAAGCGCACCGUUGGCACCCACACCAGCUAUAUGUCGUGCUGCAUAUACCCCAAUUCGGAUCAACAGAUACUCACCGGUAGUGGCGACUCGACCUGCGCCUUGUGGGACGUAGAAUCCGGACAGCUGCUCCAGAGUUUCCAUGGCCACUCGGGCGAUGUCAUGGCGAUUGAUCUGGCUCCCAAUGAGACAGGAAAUACAUUUGUUUCUGGCAGUUGCGAUCGCAUGGCUUUUAUCUGGGACAUGCGCUCGGGACAUGUUGUGCAAUCCUUUGAAGGACACCAGUCGGAUGUGAACAGCGUCAAGUUCCAUCCUUGCGGUGAUGCCAUUGCCACUGGCUCCGAUGACAGCAGCUGCCGCCUGUACGAUAUGCGCGCCGAUCGAGAGGUGGCUGUUUUUGCCAAGGAGAGCAUCAUCUUCGGCGUCAAUUCGGUUGACUUUUCAGUCAGUGGACGCCUGCUCUUCGCUGGCUACAACGACUAUACUGUCAAUCUCUGGGACACUUUGAAAUCAGAGCGAGUCUGCCUUCUCUAUGGACACGAGAACAAGGUCUCCUGCGUUCAGGUGUCGCCCGAUGGAACUGCUCUCUCCACCGGCAGCUGGGAUUAUACCAUUCGCGUCUGGGCCUAAGUUAUCUAUAUAUAAUAUCGCCGUUCUCAAUAUCUACGCAUGGGAUGUAAAUUAUAACCUGUUACUAAGUAUUAUUAUUGUACACUUAUUUAAUUUUUUUUUUUUGUUAGUUCUAAACUAUUUAUAUUUUAAGUAUAUAAACCAAACCAAAUAACAAAUGAUGCUUGUGGAUAUAAUAUGAAACAAUAUAAUAAUAUAUAAACAAAGAUUGCGUCUAGUUCUAAGCUCCUGUUCAAAAUAAAUGUUGAAGCAAAUUAAAAAA